UUGUCAAUUUAAAUUGAAUGUUCGGACAAAGGUUUGCGAACUGUAGUUUCGUCUCUGUUCAAAACUUGACCGACCGUAUGCUGCUCAUUUUAAGUUCCGCGGUUAUAUUGGCUUCAGAUGUCCGAUGUAACCAAGACUAAUGACCACGCCUCCAACUGCAAGGCAUUCGCAGUCUCCCUCGGCUACUACGAAGACCCCUACAUCAAAGCAUUUGCCAAAUACCCCGAGCGAAAACCACCCGAAAUCAGUCUAGGAACGAAAGCAUUUGUAAAUAGUUGUCGCCUUUUAAAACGCUGCGAAUUGAUAGGAACAUACGUACGUGCUAUGGUCGUACGACUAGUCGUGUCUGAAUUCAUAUCAAUAUUCAAACGAAAAUGCAACAUUGUAUCACUAGGCGCGGGAUUCGAUACCUUAUUUUGGAACCUAGAUCUGAAACCGGACAAGUACAUCGAAGUUGACCUAAAAGAAGUUGUGAUGAGAAAAUCAUUCAUUGUACAAAGAAAUCCGCUUUUAAGGCAAUAUUUGUCAAAGGAUGCCAAAAUUACGCCAACAGGAAUAACUUCAGAAAGUUUCCAUCUGUUAAAUGUGGAUAUAUCUGGCGACCCAGAAGUCGCGCUCAACCAUAUUGUAGAGCUGACUGGAUUGGAUAAAAAUUUACCCGUUUUGUUUUUGUCUGAGUGUGUUUUGGUCUAUUUGGAGAGCGAAAAGAGUCAGAAGUUGAUUGAUACGAUUCCGAAUUUGUUCAAGGAUGCCUUUUUUCUGCUCUAUGAACAAGUGAAUAUUGAUGACAGAUUUGGACAGAUUAUGAUGGACAACAUCAGGUCAACAUGGUGUGCCAACAUAGGAGACACAGCAUGCACUUCACUACAGACUCAAGAGGAGAGGUUUAAAAAGAAAGGACAGUGGGGACAUGUCAAGGCUCGCUUGACUUCACACUUGUCUCAGUUACUGCCAGGUUACAACAAGGCGUACCAAAUUGAGAGACUAGACGAAGAAGAGCUUCUACAGCAGCUGCUGACACACUACUGUUUCCUAUUCGCCACAAACCAAACUCAGUUCGAAAAUAACCCAGACUUAAACUAUAUCAAAGACUUCUUCUUGUAGUAUUUGCUUGUACAGUUUUAAAUAGAGAAUACAAGUGUGGUUUAGUAA